CGGAGCUUCAGCUGCCGCCGCAGUCCUUGCCAUCAGUGUCCCCUCCGCCCAUCAGAGCCCACCGGCCAGCAUGUCCUCUGCUCACUUCAACCGAGGCCCUGCCUACGGGCUGUCAGCCGAAGUCAAGAACAAGCUGGCCCAGAAGUACGACCACCAGCGGGAGCAGGAGCUGCGUGCUUGGAUCGAGGGGGUGACAGGACGUCGCAUUGGUAACAACUUUAUGGACGGCCUCAAAGAUGGCAUCAUUCUUUGCGAGUUCAUCAAUAAGCUCCAGCCAGGCUCUGUGAAGAAGGUAAAUGAGUCAACCCAAAAUUGGCACCAGCUGGAGAACAUCGGCAACUUCAUCAAGGCCAUCACCAAGUAUGGGGUGAAGCCCCACGACAUCUUUGAGGCCAAUGACCUGUUUGAGAACACUAACCAUACCCAAGUACAGUCCACCCUCCUGGCCCUGGCAAGCAUGGCCAAGACGAAAGGAAACAAGGUGGAUGUGGGGGUGAAAUAUGCAGACAAGCAGGAACGGAAAUUUGAACCGGAGAAGCUAAGAGAAGGGCGGAACAUCAUUGGGCUGCAGAUGGGCACCAACAAGUUUGCCAGCCAGCAGGGCAUGACAGCCUACGGCACUCGGCGCCACCUCUAUGACCCCAAGCUGGGCACGGACCAACCCCUGGACCAGGCCACCAUCAGCCUACAGAUGGGCACCAACAAGGGAGCCAGCCAGGCUGGCAUGACCGCGCCCGGGACCAAGCGGCAGAUCUUUGAGCCGGCACUGGGCAUGGAGCACUGCGACACGCUCAACGUCAGCCUGCAGAUGGGCAGCAACAAGGGGGCCUCGCAGCGGGGCAUGACAGUGUACGGGCUGCCACGCCAGGUCUAUGACCCCAAGUACUGCCUGACGUCUGACUACCUGGAGUUCGGAGAGCCCGCCCACAACCAGCACCCGCACAACUACUAUAACUCGGCCUAGGGGCUGGAGGCUGCCUGCUGCUCUCGGCCGGACCCAGCCAGGCCCAGCCGACCCUCGUCCCCUGCAUGGCGUCCUCCAGCCCCCUGGCACCUGCCUACAGGGUUAGAGUUUGGGGAGAGCAGACUGGGGGGUCUGUGGGAAGAAAGGGGGCACUGCAGGGUCCAAAAUAGAGCCAGGUGUUCCCAACAGCAUCCCAAAGGAUGCACUGAGCAAGGCUAUUCCGGCUGUCCCCCGACUCCCUCAUAGGUGGGUGCCCCCAGGACAAGAAGCCCCCCAAGCAAAGCCCCCAGAGCCCAGGCUUGGCCUGCCCCCACCCCAUUCCCACAGGGGAGCAAACUGCAUGCCCAGAGACUCAGCGGACACACGCGGUUUGGUUUGCAGCGACUGGCGUAUGUGAACGUGACAGCGGCGUUUGUAACGCGAGCACUUUUUCUAUUUCACUGGAGCACAAUAAAUGGCUGUAAAAUC